AUGGGUGACUCCUACGCCGCCGCCUUCCCCAGCGCCCCGGGGCUGCUGUCGCCGUCCGCCAGCCCCCAGGCCUCUCCCGGCCCCUACGGCCCCGACUACGGCCCCUUCGGCCACCCCUUCCCAGCCCCGUCCGGCGCCCAGGACGUGCUGGGGGCCCCCGUGGUGGUGGCGGCCAAGGGCCACCCCCCGGGCGAGUGCCUGCCGGGGGUGUACCCCUCGCUGGAGAUGCCGCACCCCUACGGCUCCUGGUACAAGGGCGGCAUCGGCGGGGGGCUGCCGGGGGGCUCCGGGCCCGCCGCCCCGUCCUGGUGGGAUGUGCACCCCAACGGGGGCUGGCUGGGGGGCCCGGCGGGCGCCGAGGGGCUGCAGGGCUCGCUGCAGGGCCAGCCCACUCUCAGCCCCCCUCUGCCCACCUACGGCUCGGAUUUCGGCGCUCUGAACCCCCCUCCUUACACCAACGCCCCCGCGGCGCCCCCCACCCCUAAACCCACGCCGGGCGAGACCCCGAAGGGUCCCCGCGGCGGCUCCUUGGGGGGACGCCCGGCCUGCGAUUGUCCCAACUGCCAGGAGCUGGAGCGGCUCGGGGGCCCGGGGGGGUCGCGGCGGAAGCCGGUGCACAGCUGCCACAUCCCGGGCUGCGGGAAGGUGUACGGCAAAGCCUCGCACCUGAAGGCGCACCUGCGCUGGCACACGGGGGAGAGACCCUUCGUGUGCAACUGGCUCUUCUGCGGGAAGCGCUUCACCCGCUCCGACGAGCUGGAGCGCCACGUCCGGACCCACACGCGCGAGAAGAAGUUCACCUGCCUGCUGUGCAGCAAGCGCUUCACCCGCAGCGACCACCUCAGCAAGCACCAGAAGACCCACGCCGACCCCGGCCCCCCCAAGCCGCCCCCCGGCGCCGAGCAGCCCCCCGCGUCCCCCCGGCCGCCGCCCGCCUCGCCCGGCAAGGACGGCGGCAGUCCCGAAGCCGGGAGUUUGUUGGAGAUUUGA